AUGAGUGAAGGGAAGAGGGAAGAAGAGGCAUUGUUGAAGCCGAUGGAGAUUGAGAACGGUCUCCGUCUGGUCCCGCGCGUGAAGCUCAACCUCUCCAUAUACCCUUCCACGCCCCUCACGCUCUCCCAUGCAAUCGACGAAUGGAAAACCAAACGCGCCCUCAUCGACUUCCUCCAAACCUCCCUCUCGCUCACGCUUCCGGAAGAGGACCUUCACAUCACGCGCCACAAAAACCUAAAGAAACGCAAGCGGGACGACCCCGUAGCCGCCGGAACGCUCCGAGUGUGGGACCUCUCCUCCUUCCCGACUGAGGAUCGCUUCCUCGAGUGGCGCAACCGCCUCGUGGAGAACCUGAACGGGAUCGAACUCAACCUCGAAGGCCUCAAGUUCAAACUUUCCGUUACUGUUCCCUAUUGCGACGAUUUUAACCGCAUGAAGAAGGAGUGGGAGGAGCAUUCCGCAUUUCGAAGUCGGCGAGAGCCUGAUACCGUUAUUCUGAGAGGCAUGCCGUCGCGUUGGUUCGCUGAGCCAAGGGUUUCGUCUAAACCCUCCAUGCUUGUUACUCACACUAUCUUUUCUACAUUCGGCAAAAUAAGGAAUCUUAAUGUUGCCGAGGAUGAUGAAUUUGGUAAGGAUGCAAAUGAAGAUAGUGGAGACCUAGUUUCGGGCCUUUACUGCAAGAUUGUGGUUCAGUUUGACAAAUAUAGAGACUGCCAGGAUGCAAUGAAAGUUCUGUGUGGUCGCUCGUUGGAAAAGCAAGGAUCACGAUUGAAGGCUGAUUAUGAGGUUAGUUGGGACAAAGAUGAAUUUUUCCGAAAUUCAAGGAACCAAAGUCAAGAGAGGACUAGCAUGGCAUCUAGAAGGGAUAAUUACAGAGGUGAAGCUUCCAGACGUCAGGGCUACGACUCUCGUCACAGUCCAGAAAAUGUGCGACCCAGGAGAUUCAAGGUUAGAUAUUGA